CAGAGAAUAAAAUCACAUUGGGAAAAUUUUAUAACCAAGAAAUAUACAAAAUUUCUGUUGUAAAAGUUUUUAACAUUUUCUUAUUGAACAAUUUAAACUUUUAUAUAGAUUAUGUGAUCUGUUUGUAUAGUAUUUUAAGUGAGUGACUGGAGUUUUUGGAAGUAAAGGAAGAGUAUGCCAUCUGAAACCUUUGUGUUAAGAGCAGUUUAAAAAUGCCUCAAAAGAAAGAAAAAAGGAGGGGGAAGAGAAAAGAUAGUGAUGACUGGGAAGAUGAGGUUGCAAAUGAGAUUGAACAGAUGAAGUUAGGCAGUGCUGAAGAUGAUACGGGUACCAAGAGUGAAGUUGGUAAUGACAAUGAAAAUGCCAAGAAAAAAAAGAAACACAAAAAAGGGAAAGGGGCAGUUUCAUCAGAAGAAGAUGAAACAACAAACAAUGUUGGUCCAAAAUCAAGUUUUGGAUUGCUUGAUGUGGAGGAUAUUGAUGACAUGGGUGACGAAAUUGAACCAAAUGAGAGAGUAAAAAAAGAUAAAAAAACAAAAAAAGGAAAAGUAGAAAAUAAAACAAGUGAGGAAGACCAAGAUUUGGAAAGUAAAUCAAGCAAUGAUAAUGUUUUUACUAAAGAAAGCACUGUAGGCAAUGAUGACAGUAUAAAGGAAGUAAACUCUGAUGAGGAUGAACAUAAUUUUAAGAAAGAAAAAAGGAAAGCAAAGAAAAAUAAAACAGAAAAUGAAGAGGAUGAGCAUGAAAAAGCUGAUGAGGAAGAAGAAACAACUGUCAAAACAGCAGCACAAAAGAGAGCUGAGAAAAAAGAACGAGACAAGAAAAAGAAGGAUGCUCAGAAAAAGAAAACAAAGGAAACAAAAACUGAAAAAACUGAAAAAGUUGACGAUCCUGAAAAUUUAGAAGAAUCACAUUUAGGGGAGGGUAAUAAAACAGCAGAUAUUGAGGAUCAUGAAAAAUCUGUAAAAGUUGAAAAGACAGAACAUGAAGAAGAAAGACGUAAAGAGAGACAAAAACAAAAAGAAAAGGAGCGAAAAAUGAGGUUGAAACAGGAAGGAAAAUUCUUGACUCCAGCUCAGAAACAGAAGAAAGCUCAAGUUGAAGCACAGUUGGAGGCUAUGCGAGCACAAGGAAUUGCAAUUCCAAAUCGCAGCGGUUCAGACCCGGGUGACGGAAAGAAACCUGUUCGAUAUGGUUAUAAAAAGAAGCAAAAGCAAUUCCAAGAUAAGGCCGAAGAUACAACAGCAGACGGUGAACUAGAAAACGCAGAAGACAAUGCAACAGAGACAGUAAAAGAAACUGAAGAAAACAUUGAAGAUAAGUCUGAGGUUCAGGAAGAUGAUGUAAAAGAGACCUGGGAUGAUCAAGAUGAGGAAAGCGAUAAAGAUACUGCCACUGCUGAAACACAACAGAAAGCCUCGGGUGAAAUUAAUGAGGAUGAAGGUGGGGAGGAUGAAGACGAAGAGACAAGUGAAGAUGAGAGUGAAGACGAAAAUGGACAAGAAGAAGAAAGUGAAUCUGGUGAAGAUACGGAAAGUGAGUCUGAAGACGAAUAUGAAGAAGAUGAAUCGCUAUCUAAAGAAGAAAGAGAAUUUUUCAGAGCUGAAGCCAGAAUAAAGAAACGAAGGGAAAAAGCAGAAGCAGCCCGAUCGAAGGAGAAAUUACGGUCUCCCGUGAUUUGUGUGAUGGGUCAUGUGGACACAGGAAAAACCAAAAUACUAGAUAAGAUCCGUCAUUCUCAUGUGCAAGAUGGUGAAGCAGGAGGAAUUACUCAACAGAUUGGAGCAACCAACGUCCCAAGUGAUGCGAUAAAACAACAGACGAAAAUGAUUAAAGACUUUACAGAAUUUGACAUGAAAAUACCUGCUUUGCUGAUCAUAGACACACCUGGCCAUGAAUCUUUCAGUAACUUGCGAUCACGAGGUUCAACAUUAUGCGAUAUGGCAAUUCUUGUUGUUGAUAUUAUGCACGGUCUAGAACCGCAAACAAUUGAAUCUAUAAAUUUACUAAGAAAUAAGAAAACACCUUUUGUCGUUGCCUUAAAUAAGGUUGAUCGAUUGUACGAAUGGAAACGAGGUCCAAACUCGAGUAUUAUAGAUACUCUUAAGAAACAAGGAAGGGGUACAAAACAAGAGUUUGAAGAGCGAAUGAAUAAAAUUAUCGGGGAAUUUGCUGAAGAGGGAUUAAACGCUAUAUUAUUUAAUAAAAAUGUUGACGCCAAGACUUACAUAUCUCUGGUCCCUACAUCAGCUCACACUGGGGAUGGCAUGGGUGACCUGAUUUCAUUGAUUGUCAAACUAUGUCAGACUAAACUAGCUCAAAGAUUAUCCUACUCAGAGGAACUGCAGUGCACUGUGCUUGAGGUAAAGGCUAUAACUGGAUUAGGGACAACGAUUGAUGUAAUUUUGACGAAUGGUCGUUUAGCAGAAUCUCAAACAAUUGUAUUGGGGGGAAUACAAGGUCCUAUUGUAACCCAGAUACGAGCUUUACUCAUGCCCCAACCUUUGAAAGAACUCCGGGUAAAGAAUCAUUAUAAAGAAUUUAAAGAAAUUGAAGCAGCACAAGGGGUGAAAAUCACCGGAAAGGAACUUGAUAAGGCGCUUGCAGGAUCGCCUUUGUUUGUGGCUUAUGAAGAAGACGAGAUUGAAGUACUUAAGAGAGACGUAAACGAAAUUGUUCAACAGACACUGAAAUCGAUCAAAGUUGCUGACAAAGGAGUCUGUGUACAAGCCUCAACACUUGGUUCUCUGGAGGCUCUCUUAGAAUUCUUGAAAACUUCAAAAAUACCGUAUUGUAGUGUUAGUGUUGGUCCAGUUCAUAAGAAAGAUGUUAUGAAAGCCUCAGUGAUGUUGGAGCAUGAUAAUCAGUUUGCAGUCAUUCUCGCAUUUGAUGUAAAAGUUGAACGUGAUGCCCAGGAACUUGCAGAUAAUCUUGGUGUAAAAAUAUUUACAGCUGAUAUUAUUUAUCAUCUAUUUGAUAAGUUUAUGAGCUACAGGGAGAUGAUGAACUAUUUUUACAGGAAUUAAAAACAAAAGAGACGAGAUGAAUUCAAGCACAUUGCGAUUUCCAUGUAAGUUACGGUUCUCACUGAACACAUCUUCAAUACUCGAGAUCCCAUAGUGCUUGGCGUUGCUGUUGAUGCUGGUAUUGUCAAAGAAGGAACUCCGAUAUGUGUUCCUAGCAAAGAGUUUGUUGACAUUGGCAUUGUGACUGGAAUUGCGAACCAUAAACCUGUGGAGAAAGCAACUAAGGGAAUGGAAGUCUGUGUUAAAAUCGAACCAAUUCCUGGAGAAGCACCCAAGAUGUAUGGUCGUCAUUUUGAUUAUACAGAUCCACUUGUUAGUAAAAUAUCUCGGGAAUCAAUUGACGCUGUUAAAGAAUACUUCAGAGACGACCUUCAAAAAAGUGAUUGGCAGUUAAUGAUUGAAUUGAAAAAACUAUUUAAAAUCAUAUAAAUUGCCCAAUUUCAAUUCUAUUUACAGCUCGUAAAAGAUGUCUUAAUUUCUUUUAAAACGAAACUCAGGAGACGUUUCUCAUUCGAAUGCAAAUGAAAACAUAAAAUAUACUUGGUUCAGUCUUUUAGAUCUUUCUUUUGCAAUAGUUAAUUCUGCGGGCUAUUAAUACUUCGGGACCAUUAUUUGGUACAGUUUGCAAGUCGCCAUCUUGCAUAGUAUUUUUUCCGAUUCCGGCGCAGUAUGCAUCGGUUUAAUCCCAAAAUAGAGAAAGUAUAACGGAAUUCGUUCAUCUUAUUUUAUUUUCUGUACGAGAGAUUGACGACGAUUAUAAAAAACAUUGAAUUAGGAAUCAGUUCAUGGUUAUAGGUUACAUUGGAGGGUGUAAUAGUUAAAAUUAUAUAGAUUUUAUUAGUCGUAU